AUGGACCCAACUGGACCUCCCAGUUCUCCAGGAUUACCUUCUCCUGGGGAUUUACUUGUCCAGCAGAAAAAAGAUGCCAUUCAGGCCGCCGCGCAGCCGACCGGAGAUGGAGGACUUCUCUCGCAGCUGACUAGCAACCCUUUCUUCACGGCCGGAUUCGGCCUUGCGGGACUUGGAGCCGGUCUAAGUCUGGCGCAAAAAGGUAUCCGACAUGGCGCCGCCCUCCUUCGCCGACGUAUGCUCGUGGAUGUCGAAAUCAGUAUUAAAGAUGAUUCCUAUCCAUGGUUUCUGCACUGGAUGACCCUUUAUCAACAAUCACAACUCAAUACAGCUCGGUCCGCUGCCAGCAGGUCUGGUUACAUGGACUCGCUUCUUCACCGAUUGACUCCUGGAAUGCGCCAUCUGUCUAUCCAAACGCAAAAGGUUGAACACUCAAAUGGAGCUAUCCACACUCAUUUCGCGUUGGUGCCGGGACCAGGAAGACAUGUUCUACGGUACAAGAAUGCGUUUAUUUUUGUCAACCGAAUGCGAGAAUCCAAGUCGCAGGAUCUUCAAACUGGCCGGCCGUGGGAGACCAUUACCCUCACCACCCUCUAUUCGCAUCGUCAUAUCUUUGAAGAUCUAUUCAAAGAGGCUCACGCUUACGCCGCAAAAUCACACGAAGGCAAAACCUCCAUCUACAACAGCUGGGGUACGGAAUGGAAACUCUUCGGACAACCGCGGCGAAAGCGCCCGUUAAACUCAGUGAUUCUAGACAGGGGCGUGAAGGAGCGGAUUGUAGAGGACGUCAAGGACUUUCUAUCGAGCGGGAAAUGGUAUCUAGACCGCGGGAUUCCCUACCGUCGCGGAUACCUGCUAUAUGGACCACCCGGCACGGGUAAAAGCUCAUUUAUCCAGGCUUUGGCAGGAGAGCUGGAUUAUGACAUUGCCAUCUUAAACCUCAGCGAACGAGGAUUAACCGAUGAUCGGUUAAAUCAUCUCCUCACCAUUGUUCCAAACCGGACUCUAGUAUUACUGGAAGACAUCGAUGCUGCGUUCUCGAACCGCCGCACCCAGACUGAUGAGGACGGAUAUCGCGGUGCCAACGUGACCUUCUCAGGCCUCCUGAAUGCCUUGGAUGGAGUCGCGAGCGCCGAGGAACGGAUUAUCUUCCUCACAACGAACCACGUUGAGCGGCUAGAUGAGGCCUUGGUGCGGCCCGGGCGAGUGGACAUGACAGUUCGCCUCGGAGAAGUUACCCGUUACCAGGUCGGUUGCCUGUGGGAUCGAUUUUAUGGUGAGAUAGACACAGAUGGGUCCUAUAGACAAGCAUUCCUGAAUCGACUCGAAGAAUUGGGUCUUGUUGAGGAUGAAAAUGGCCAGAAACCGGACCGGUACACUAGCGCGGCAUCAUUGCAGGGCUUGUUCUUGCAUAAUAAAGGGAAUAUGGAGGGAGCCAUUGCCAUGGCCGACGCGCUCACUCACAAUCUCCAUGAUGAGGCAGCGCACCAGCAUUGA